AUGAGCUAUGGAGGUGGGGAGAAUGGAAGAGACAGUGAACACCGCAUCACCACCACAAGGAGGAAAUCUGGAAAGGACGAAUUUGCCCGGUCAAUUGCAAGAAUUGCGGUAGCACAAGUAUGUGAGAGUGCUGGAUUUCAGAGUUUUCAGCAAUCAGCGUUCGAUAUUUUCUCUGACGUUGCUGUCAGAUACAUCCGCGAAAUUGGAAAAACUGCGAAUUAUUGUGCCAAUUUAGCUGGCAGGACUGAGUGUAAUUUGUUCGAUAUAAUUCAAGGGUUGGAAGAUUUGGGAUCAGUACAGGGUUUCUCUGGUGCUUCGGAGACUAAUUGUUGUCUUAAACACUCAGGCAUCCUUAAAGAGAUUGCUCAGUUUGUUGGUAAAGCUGAGGAAAUCCCAUUUGCAUAUUCAAUUCCCAGGUUCCCAGUUGCUAGAGAACAAAAAUCAAACUCGGGUUUUGAGCAAGUUGGAGAAAUGCCUCCAAGUGAUGACAUACCCGUAUGGUUGCCGGCAUUUCCUGAUCCCGAGACCUACACAGACUUGCCUUCGAGAAAUGAGAGAGAAGUGGAGACUCAGGCAGGUAAAGUUGAACAGGUUAGAGAGUUUAUAAAGAUGGAACGAUCGUUACUGAAUUUGCAGCAAAAGUCGGCUUAUAAUGGGUCUGAAGUACCAUUAGAAGUUGACCAAGGGGAUGCUGUGAAGGUGGGAAGAGCAGUAAAUUCUAAUCCAUUUCUUGCAGCCCCUUUGCAGCAUGGGGAGAAGGAAGUAUCUUCGGUUGUUUUACCCGCUAGAAUGUGGGAUGAAGCUGUGAUGCAAAAUCAUAAUUUUGGAGUGGCUGAAAAUUAUGCUUCUGUGAUGUUUGCCCCAGCUAUUAAAGCAGUCAAGAGGGGGUUAUGUGAUUCAGAAGACAGUGAGGAGAAGGCUCUUGUGGAUAGGAAACUCACUGUGCAAUUUAAGUUCGGGACAGGAAAGAAGUCAUCAAGUAGAGCAAUGAGCCUUCAUAAUGAGGGUGUUGAGAAACAUACUUCUUGGUUUGGGAAUGAUAAGGGGAAGGAUGACAAGAAAAGAAGGACCGAGCAAAUUCUGAAUCCAUCUAUGGAAAACCCUCAGGAACUGGCACAGUUGUAA